AUGGAGACAGUGAUGCCAAGGGGGGCUGCGGUCACCCAUUCUCUGGCUGCGGAGGCAUGGCCCUUGGACAGCAGCCCGGUGCGGGUGGGUGCUCAGCGCGAGGCAAAGACACACUUCCAGACCAAGCUCAAUGUAAUCACUUGGCGGCAUGCCGCCAUUGCCAUCUCGCGUAUGCACCUGUCCUGUGGAGGGUUCAAGCGGGAAUAUGAGGCAGAUGAUGCGGCAGUAGACCAGCAGGCAGGCCAUGGAUCCUGGGCUGCAGAUAUAUAUUUUUCUCAUGCAAUUCAUUAUGACCAGAUUUCCAACUUCAGCAGCUAG